AUGGCUGAUCAGAAAUUGAGAGAUCAUCUUGAUGCUGAUCGAGCUAUAAAGAAAUAUGAUUUAAAUCUAUCAACUUUCAACAUGGUCAAAAUAAAUGAUUUCCAUAACUAUAAUUGCUCAACAAUAUUUUGGUAUUUUUAUAUGUGGAUAAUAAUAUUUUUAUCUUUAAUUUUAUUAGCAAUUGAUAUAUAUUCAUGCUUAAAUAUUUUAGUAUUUCAUAAAUGGGGAACUGGGGAUUAUAAACCUUAUGCUUAUUCUAUAGCUAAAUGGAUUUUCACAGGAUGUAUAAUAUUUCAAUUCAUUUUAUUAAUAUAUUAUUGGAUUUGGGCCAUUCAUAUUUAUAAAUCAAAAAAUAUUGCAUUAGUCUACCUAAGUUCAAUUUGUAAAAAAAUUUAUUCAAUUAAAAAUUAUAAUUAUUUUUGUUUAUUUAAUAGUAUUGAUGAAGGAAAAUUCUUUGAUGUUUGCUGCUUUUUAUCAUAUUAUGAAAUUUAUGAAAAUGCUUUACAAAUAUUAAUAGCUGAUACUCCAAGACAAGUUAUCAAUGUCUUGACUUUAAGAUAUUAUGCCACUGGUGGUGAAUUAAAUAACGAUAUAUUGGGGAAUAUUCAAGAAAUUGCUAAAACAAAUUUGAAUCUUUCAAUAAUUUUAAGUUUUAUGUGUCUUUCAGUUUUCAUUUAUGCUAUUUUCUUUUUCAAAUUUUUAUUUGGAAUCAUUAUGUAUAUUCCUUUGAAAUGUGUUUUAGUUGAAGGUAAAUAUAGAACUUUAAAAAGUUAUUGUUCAUAUUUAAUUAAUGAAUCAGUAUCUCAAGCUGUAAUGAAACAUCAUAGAUCAAAAAGAGAAAUGCUUGAAGAAGGAAUAGUUAGUGAAGAAAGAUUUAAUAAAAUCAUUCAAUUAGAUAAAUAUCCAUCUGAUUAUAAAGAUUAUACCAGAGUAUACCAUUAUUCAAGAACUGAUUCUAAUGAAAGUAUUCCAAUGAAUGAUAUAACUAGUUCAAAAACUCAUUUAUUACAAAACAAUAAUGAAACACAACCUUCGUUACAUCAAAAGCCAUCUUAUGAUCAUAUUCCACAAUUUACACAACAACAAGAACAAGUAUUUUCUACCUUAAGCAAUAAUAAAGAUCAAGUUCCAUUUAAUAGAAGAUUAAGUCAAUUACAAGAAAAGAAUUAUUCAAGAACAAAUAAGAACGACUUAAGAAAACCUUCAAAUUCAAAUUCAAUACAGUCGCAAUUUCAUAAUAAUGACCAACGAAAUCCAUCAAAUUCAAACGCAUUUCAAUCACAAGAUCAAGUUCAGGAUAUCUUUCAGAACAAUCCAGAUCAAUACUCGCACACAGGAUAUAAUCCUCAAUUGAUCAAGAAUUUACCAGGAGAAACAAUAUCGUCAAUCAAUCCAUUAAUUAAAAAUCCAAAAACAAGACUUCCAAGUAAACCGUCAAGAUCAUAUACUCCAACGACAAUAGAUACUUACAAUACGAGAUCAAACCCCAUACUACAAAAUAAAAGUUUAGUUGAUGAAGGAGCCUUUGAAUUACCGGAGUUAGAAUUGGAUAAUUUUACCAAUAGUUCACUGGUAAAACCAUUAGUCAAAUCAUCAACUGAACAAUUUCAUUAUAACAACAAUAAAAGUAAAAAUGUUAAAAAUUUACAAAGAUCAUGCACUGAUGAAUUAAACUAUCAAAAAACAAAUAACGUACUAAAUCAUUCAAUUCCAUCAAGAAAAGUUCCAAAUCCAUUUAAUGAAGAAGAAGAAUUAUUUUUUCAAGAACCUCCAAGAACUACAUCAAAUCAAAUAAAUAAUUCACCACCAAUAAGUAGAUAUGAAGAUGAGAUUUUAGACGCUUACGAUUUAGACAACGAGUUCAAUGAGUCGAAUAAAGAUGUCAACGGUAACAAUUUGAGUGUUCAAAAUAAUUCAGUACCGUACCCAGUAAGAGGUGUUUCCAAAUACUUUGAUUCUGAGAAUCAAAGAUUUUAA